AUGAAGCUGGAGAAAUUCUACCCCAGAGCCCGCCAACAGCGGCCCAGCAUCCAUGAUCCCGCUGUUCGACCGCGUCGUCUCGCGCUGCUGAAGGCCGCAACAAUCAAUCUGCUUCUGCUGCAAUUCCUUUUCCUGGGACUCUUCUGUUACCUCUUCGGCUCUCUUUUCCAGCUGACCGGGCACACUCACAACAUCAGCAUUUUGUUCGUCGACUACGACGGCGGUGCGAUUGGCAAUGCUGUGCGCAGCGCAUACACCCAAAUGGCGAGCACCGGCUUUCCGACCCUUAUUGAGCGGCCCUCUCUCCUUUACCCAGAUCCCAGUAGCAUCGUUGGUGCUGUUUGUGAUAUCGACUAUUGGGCAGCUCUUUACGUCACCCCAAACGCUUCGAAUAUUUUGUCGGCUGCAGUUGCUGGCGGAUCAGCAGCUGCCUCAUACAACAAAAGUGAUGUGAUGACUAUGGUUUGGAACGAGGCGCGUUAUCCCACAGUUGUUGACUCCGCCAUAUCCGAUAAUCUCAAGGCGCUGGCGGAAGCCGCACGAGUCGUGUAUACACAAGCGGAUGGAAAACAAAUUAUCCCGACAUUGAACACAUCUGACACUGCUGCCUUGGCUGCUUUUUCAAAUCCAUGGGUUUUAUCCUCGGUGAACCUGCAACCAACAACACAAGGAUCCCGACUGAUCUAUAAUACACUGGUCAUAAUUCUGAUCCUGAUCCAGGAAUUCUUCUUCUUGGGUUAUGUGAAUGGUCUGUACCAACAAUUCCAGCUUUAUACCACGCUCUACCCGCAUCGAAUUGCCAUUGUGCGCCAGAUAAUUUCGGGUACUUACACAUUCAUUGGCUCUUUAUGUACCACCGGCGCGAUCUGGGCGUUCCGCCACGGCUGGCAUGUUGGCGGUAGCCAAUUUGUCAUAUCGUGGAUGGCCUUGUGGCUUUUCGCGCACUUGAAUUUCCUUGUCCUGGACGUGUUCACGAUUUGGCUGCCACCUCCAUAUGUUCCUAUGGCACUGAUCUCCUGGAUUGUGGCGAACAUCACAUCUAUUCUUCUCCCUUUUGAACUCUCCCCCGCCUUUUACCGUGUGGGCUAUGCUCUGCCGGCACACAGCAUUUUCAAUGUUCUGAUCGACAUCUGGUCCAGAGGGUGCAAUCCGCAGCUCUACUACGCACUUCCCGUUCUCUUCGUCUAUGAAGUUGUCGGUCUGAUACUAAGCACCGUCGGCGUGUACAGGAGGUCACAUUACGCUAUGAUUAAACAUGAGGUGGAUGAAAAGGCCAUGCAAGAUCGCAUUGAAGCAAUGGUUCUUGAGCGACAGUCUCAAUUUCAUAUUGAUGAGCCGGGUCAAGAAGAGGAAACAGAGACGUCAGAAACCGACCAAGAGGGUGGAGAGGCUGCUCCUAGGCAGAGACGGGGCACUGCCACGACUCAACCCGAUGAAGAACUCAUGGAGAUGAUACGGCGGGAAAUCUCGCGACCAAAAGCUGAAAAAGUCCCGACCAGCCGCGAAAGUGCUGGACCUUGUUUCAAUCUUCCAUUCAAGGAAAAUGAAUAG